CAAGAAAAUUUUUUGCAUUAAUAAAAAUUAUCGUGGUCUAAACAAACUGUCUUCGUGAGUACAGCUUAUAACAUCUGUCGAUUUUAAAACAUAGAUACACACGAAAGAGAUUUCGCAACAUGGCUAAGAUUUUUAUCUUCAUUGCGUUGUUACUGCAACUUUGUACGAUAAUACAAGGAUAUCCAUGUUCUGAAUAUUAUACAUAUACAUUCGAACCUGGGACAAAUAAACCAAUAGGACAGAUCGAGAUCCCAUCCCCGCCAAAAAAUGGUCCAUACGAUUUAAAAAUAGGCUUUAAUACAAUUCCUUCGAUACAUAAAAAAUCUUUCAUUCGACUAGAUACAGCACAACCCUUAGGGGAUGCUCUUGAAGGUGUUAAACAAGGCGGAUCUUUGUUGUAUCGUAUCCAGUUUAAGACUGAAACGAUUCCAACACUGACUAAAUUAUGGUUUAACGAUCGACAAUUAUGUCCGAUACCUGGAGAAACAGAACAAGUUGCAACUACUAUCACGAUAUCAAAGAGAAUAUCCGUAUCUGGUCCUAUUUCGCCAGAGGAAGAGCCAUCUUCGCUAAAUGGUCAAUCGCAUAACAAUCGUAGCAAUAACAAUAACCAGGGUUGGACACUAGCCAACCCUGGCAAUAAUCAAUGUGGUAUAAGCAACACAAACCUUCUGAUCACCUACGGAUUACAAACAAUACCAGGCCAAUGGCCAUGGCUGGUAGCAAUUUUUGUUGAAAAGGAAAACCGUGAGUUUUGGUGUGGUGGCUCCAUUGUGACAAACAGACAUGUUAUAACAGCGGCGCACUGCAUGAAAUUAAACGUGAUCAAUUUAUCUCCAAAUGAGCUCUUAAUAGUAUUAGGACGAUUUAAUUUGAACCAAUGGAAUGAAGCAGGAUCCGUGAAUCGGACAGUCUCAAGUUACAAGAUCCAUCCUGACUAUAUGCACUCGGCCAGCAGUGACUCCGAUCUGGCAAUUGUGACUCUAAAGACGCCCGUUGAGUUUAGCCCUUUAAUUAGACCUAUUUGCCUGUGGUCCCAAUCGAUCCAUCUUCAGAACGUCGUAAAUAAGAUAGGAUAUGUUGUGGGAUGGGGAAAAGAUGAAUCGGCCAAUUAUCUCGAAAACCCACGGAUGGUGACAGCGUCGAUAGUGGGCCACGAUACCUGUUUAUGGAGCAAUCUAGGUUUUUUCUUUCUCACAUCGAACCGCACCUUUUGCGCCGGUUUUCGAAACUCCAGCGGUCCUUGCAAUGGUGAUAGUGGGAGCGGGCUGGUGCUUUUCAACAAUAUCACAGGCCGUUAUUACCUGCGCGGCCUCGUUUCGCGAUCGUUGGUUGGCGAGACACUGUGUGAUCUUCAGAAUUACAUUGUCUAUGUUGACGUGGCCAAAUAUAUACCUUGGAUUGUACAGCAGAUCACCACCAUCGUACCGCCAAGUCAACCGGUAACUACGACGACUCCGCUUCCAGUGCCAACACUGAACACUAAACGCCCAUCACACUCUACCAUCGCUACUCCAAUAUUCGAAAGACCACAUUAUAAUGAAAUCGACUGCGGUCGGCCGAGUACCACCUAUCUACUGGAUAAGGGAGGAAUGUCGUCACAUGCGGCACAAUGGCCGUGGUUAGUGGCACUCUUCGUUCCAAUAUCAAACCUCAGGUUCCAUUGUGCUGGCACCCUUCUGACAACUAGACAUGUUAUAAUAGACCAAUGCGGUCGGGCGGGUUACGUCAAUCAACUGGUUACUAGAGGAGAAUCGACAAAUCCGGCAGAAUGGCCGUGGUUAGUGGCCCUCUUCGUUCUAAGACCAAACCUCAAGUACCAGUGUGCUGGCACCGUUCUGACAACUAGACAUGUUAUAACAGCCGCAAAUUGCAUGAAGUGGAAUGAUACGACCAACGAUACAAUUCCUGCCAAUAUAUUAGAGGUUGCCUUAGGACGAUUUAAUAUACGCCAGUGGCGUGAGGGGGGUUCUGUUAAUCGGGAAAUCUAUAACUACACGAUCCAUCCCGAUUAUGCGCACACGAUCACUGGCGACUCUGAUCUAGCAAUUUUGACCCUCGUGGAGCCUGUCGAGUUUAGCCCUUUUAUUAAACCUGUUUGCCUGUGGCCUGGUUCAGACACUCUUCGGAAUGUUAUCGAUAAAUUAGGAUACGUUGUGGGGUGGGGAAAAGAUGAGCAUGGUAAUUAUCCCGACACCCCACGGAUGGUGAAAGUGCCGAUAGUAAGCCAGGCGACCUGUCUCCGGAGUCACAAGCAUUUCUUCGAUCUCACUUCGGAUCGAACUUUUUGCGCCGGUGCGCGAGAUCUCAGAGGUCCUUGCAACGGCGACAGUGGGAGUGCGUUAACGAUCUAUGACAAUAAGACUAACCGCUUUCUGUUACGCGGCAUUGUUUCGAGGACGAUACCUAGUGAGGAUGACUAUGUAUCGUGCGAUCAACAAAAUUACGUUGUUUAUGUCGACGUGGCCAAAUAUAAAACCUGGAUUAUAGAGCAGAUCUCCACCACGUAA